UCAUUGCCUUAUUUCGUUAUCAGCGGGUCAUCGCACUGAUGCGCUUCGUCACGGAUUCCGACGACCGAAACGUCCGCGGUCCACCCACCCACCCACUCACCCACCGCAACGAUGACCGUGGGGUAAAGGGGUGAUGAUAACGUCGGUGGCGGCGAACGUUAUCAACGCAACGAACGAUGCACAGAACAAUAGUGACCAUACAUUACAAUUUCCGUAUAACUGGCGGUUCGUAGCAAAAUAAUAUAAUCAUUGAAUCAUUAUCAUCGUCGUCAUCGUCAUUAUUAUUAUUAUUUUAAUUGGAAUACGCUGUGCGGUGUGGAAUUAAUAAUAAUAAUUAUUAUCGUUCGUCGGGAUUACACAACUCGCGCCCGCACACAUACGUCACACUCGCGACGACGACCAAUUGGAUCGACUUUCGUGGCUCGGGCACUUGACAGUCGCACGUCCGUGCCAAAAUCGUUUUGAUCCGCCGACCGCCGCCGCCGUUUGAUCUCUGUGUGUGAGCUGCCCCUUUUGAGCAGUCGUUUGUGUAUUUUUUCGACGUCGGCUGGGCAGCACAACGUACGCCAAGCUCGGGAGAGGAAAUAAGCCGAGAAUAAGUGCUCGAUCACACGAUAUAAGUGCUAUUAAGCAACACCGCCCGUAUUGGCGUCGACAGCAAACAUCAUGACUGAACACAUACUGUCUUAGGUUAUUGAGCAAGUGCAGUAACCUAAAGUUUUUCAUUUAACACACAGUAGCAGUAGCAAAUACUACGCACAUUUUCUACACUACGGUCACUACUCCUAGAAUGAAGGUUUUAGUAUUAUAUGAUUUUGUGGGUGAACCCGGAUCAUCAGAAUUAUCAGUGACUGCUGGUGAAACACUGGUAGUUAGUCGAAAAGAUGUUGGCGAAGGCUGGUGGGAGGGAACAAACUCAUCUGGCCGCACAGGCUUGUUUCCAGCUGCAUAUGUCGAAGAAAUCAAAACCAAGGUGGAUGAUAGAAAAGAUGAAAGUAAACCGCCACCAGCUUUACCCCCACCACCAUUACCACCAUCAACAGACCCAUGGGAAAUUGACGAUCAACAAAAUGAAUUUUAUUCACAAGUUCCUGGGAGUCACAAUCAGCAACAAAAUGCAUAUCCACACCAGCAGUCACCUGAUGAUUAUUAUGAUGAUGAGUGGGACGACGAUUCUGAAUAUGGCGGUGGAAGCACUGUAACUUCAUCUGCUGCUAUACCACCAACAAUUCAGUAUCCAGCAGUAGGAACUAAAACGACGUCGAUAAGAAAAACAACAGGUAAAACGGCUGCAACGACUGCUGGCAGCAGUUCUCGGUUUUCCAAGUUGGUAGGUGGUGGUGAUGCAUCAUAUAUAAUGGGUGCCAUUCAGCCACCCAUCCACUUACCUGAUACAGAAAACAUUACAAUUGUUGUGCGUGGUGGUACUGGUGGUGGCCCUAUGGCAGUGGAUGUUGAAUGGUGCAGAGAUCCCGAUGAUGAACCACACGGAUACCAGUGUGUGGUUGCAUCUCCAAAAAAGGAAUCAAAACUCAAAGGCCUGAAAUCAUUUAUUGCAUACCAAUUAACUCCUACGUUUAACAAUAUUCAAGUAUCCAGGAGAUACAAGCACUUUGACUGGUUACAUGAACGUUUAUUGGAAAAGUACUGCUGUCUAGUGCCAAUACCACCAUUACCAGAUAAACAAAUCUCAGGUCGGUACGAAGAACAAUUCAUUGAACGUCGUAAACAGCAAUUACAGGCAUUUGUAGAUGCAGUAUGCCGACAUCCUGUGCUGUCACGAGGUUGGGUAUGGCGGCAUCAUUUUAUUACAUGUACGGACGAGAAACGCUGGAAGUCAGGCAAGCGAAAGGCUGAAUCACGAAACACGAGUGCUGAGACCCUCACUGGGGCUAAUGUAUUUUUUGUAAUUAGGGUAGUGUCUGCAGAUGGUAGUAGUGAUCCCCCUCCACCUAUCAACCCAGCAAUAUUAGAUCGUGAAGUAGAUGGAUUUCAGAGAUUUGUGACUGGAUUAGAAGGAGCGCUAAAGAAUAUGGCACAAACAGUUGCUGAACAAUCAAAACGUAUGCAAACAUGCUAUAAACGUGAUGCUCAACGAUUAGGCCAGUCAUUUUACAUGUUGGGUCAUGCAUAUAGUGGAGCAUCAUCUUCAUCAAUAGGAGACACUAGUGGUAAUGGUAAUGUGAUAAGUCUAACUACCCGACAACUUAUGACAGCCCUGAAAAAAACUGGCGAUGUGUAUAAUGAGAUGGGAGGUCGUCUGAUGGAUGAGUUACCUGCCGCUGGAUGGGACUCGUUUGCUGACAUGCUUCAUGUCUAUCGUGGUGUUGCAGGGGCAUUCCCUGACAUACUAGCUGUGCACAAGAGUGCUGUGCAAAAACGGAAAGAAUGUGAAAGGCAGUACUCUGAAGGUUUACCAAUUGGUGGUGGUAGUGGUGAUGGAGCAGGAGGAUCUAGUGGUGGAGCAUCAUUAUCUGGAUCUGCCAGUGGUGGGACUGUAGCAGUGGCUGAUCCAGAACAACAGCGACGACUACUGCGCGAGAUGCAACGUCGUACUGACCUAGUGUCGUACGCCCUAUUAGCAGAAAUAAAUCAAUUUCAUCGAGACCACGUACUUGGCCAAAUGGCUGGCCAUGUUCGUCAACUAUUACGCAACCAGAUUGAAUAUUAUAGAAAAAUUGCUGAUAAUUUAGAAAACGUUUUACAUAUGUACCCCGAUAAUGGUGAUGAAGACUCUUUGGGAGUUGGAAUGGACCAUCAUUACGAGCAACAACAGUACAGCCAAGGAAUAAUUGAUGAUAACCCCUCUUAUCAACACCAGUAUUAUUCAAAUCAGUAGUAGUUUUAAUAACGUAAUUUAAUGGGUAACAUACAACAUGAUAAAUAACUAAAAUGCAAUUAUUUUUAAAACUGCUAAUACCUAUUAUUUAAAGUAGGUAUCAUAAUACAUUUUUUUAACUAUCUGUAACUGUCAAUAUUACUGGGAAAAAAACUGUUGUUACUUUUAUUAAAAUAAUAUUUUUCGGGGAAUCCACGCUAUAACCCCUGCUAGUACUUUUAUCGUUAUUAUCCCUAAAUGAAGCAUUUUAGUUUGUUAAUUGUUUUUAAUAAUACUUGAUUAUUAUAAUUUUUUUUUUGUUAUUCCAUAUUAUUUUUCCAAUUUAUUAUCGUGUAUCAAUUAUAUUACUAUGCUUUUGCCCAUUGUUAUCAUUAAUUUUACUAUCGAUUGGAUUUAUAUUAUUUUCAAUCUAUAAAAUAUUGUUUUUAAAUUUGUGUAUGACGCCAUUUUGACAUAUUCAACAAUCAAAAACAUACUACAUAUGAUUAUAAUUACUUAUUAAAAAAUAGUUAUAUUCUAAUCUCAAAUUAAAAAGAUGAUUUAACUACACAAUAGACAUACAAAUAGUUAAAUUGGAAGAGGUGACAUAUGAGUAUGCUUGACCACUGCUUGACAAGAACUAGUUGCUCUAGGGUUAACUUUUUGAUUUGAAUAGAGUCAUGGGCGCCCCCUCCUGCGCUAAAAUACUCGUUUAUUAUGAACUUGUAGUUCAAUAAAUAUGGCAUGUUUACAUUUAUAUGUGAAAAUAACAUAAAAUCUUUAUUAUCUUACAUUUGAGAAUAUUUUUAUUCUGACCCCUACAAUUUUACUUAUGAGCGCCCAUGAAUGGAGUACAAUUAAUUAUUUAAUUUUACAUCUUCUAUUUUAUAGAAAUUUGAAAGAUCAUAGCUGAUUUAGGAUUAUCCUAAUAGUCUCUAAUAUAUUAGUUAAAAAUAUGGUAUUUUUUUAUAACUUAUGUGAAACUUAGUUAUCAGUUGAUUUAAAAAAAAAAAGUUAAUUCUGAAGAUCUGAAAUUUUAUAAAACAUUUUUCUAUCAAAUUUGAAUAAUCGAGAUUUGUUGAAUUAUCCUAAUUUUGUUUAUAUGUACUGGCCAAAAGAAUAUGUAAUAACUAGCAUUAAAAUUUUAAUGUAAAUAAAAUUUUUCCAUUGAUAACAGAUACUAUCUAAUAAGUGAUAAUUUUGACUUCAAACUUAUUGUUGGGACCAUUUUUUUUUAAUUAUAAGCUACAUUGUAUGAAUUUUUCCAAUUUAAAUAAUAUUGUAUUUGUUUUACAUAUUUAUUUAUAACAUAAUUCUAGGGAUAUAGAUAUAUUUAUUAUAUUUUUAUUAUAUAAUCUAUAAUAUACUUAUAGGUACAUUUAUGUAUUUUAUUUUUUUAUUUUACAUGUGCCAUUAUUAUAGGCAGUGGCGUACACAGGGGAGGGGACUAAUGAGCUAAAGCAUCUCCCAUUGCCUGCAUUAUUAUUUUUUGUUUUAUGCUUAAUAUAAGUAAGAAAUAAAAAAGCAACUACUUUAUUUUUCAAGCUUAUAAUCCUAUGAUAAUUGGGUAAUUAUUUACUUUCAAGCCCCCCUCCCGCCCCCACAUUGCAAAAUCCUGCAUACGCCACUGAUAAUGGGUGUUAAUUAUUACGUUUAUUUAUAUGUAUGUAAGUGUGUACUGUGUAUGAAACUUUGUAACUUAAAAGGGUAUUUGAAAUGCAUGUUAACUGAAUUUAUGUACAAUUUACUCGUAUUAAAUAAUUUACUUAAAAUAAAUAUGUAUCCUGUGGCUA